GAGAAUCACACUUAGUUGGUUUCUAUUCUCUGAAGUAGCAUGAAGAUGGUGUGCUUUCAAAGCAUGAUGUUCAUCCUGUGCAUUGCUCUGAGCUGGGUCUUCAGUGCAGCAGGGCCGAUCCAGGUAUCAGGAUAUGAGGGACAAGCAGUUAAUAUUUCUUGCUCCUACAGUCAGGGUUAUGAAUCUUAUGAGAAGUACCUGUGCAGAAAGGAAUGCAGCAACAAUGAUGUUCUUGUAACAACGACUGGAACACAGAGAAACCGAUAUAUCAUCUCAGAUGACACUGGGAGACGAGUCUUCACAGCGACCAUUUCUGAUCUGGGACUUACAGAUGCUGGGACGUACUGGUGUGGGGUGACCAGGAUAGGGAAGGACAUUUAUACUGAAAUACGGCUGGAAGUUGGACCAGCAGACAUCUGCUGCAAGAACUCCACCAGACUACAAAGUUACGAGGACAGCUCUGUGUCCUUCAGCUGUCCUUACGAGCAGAGCGACCAGGACAACCUGAAGUACAUGUGCAGAGGGAGGCAGGCGUCCACAUGUCUGCAGCAGGCACUGAUCACAUCUGACACCAAUCAGAAAGGACGGUUCAGUCUUACUGACGACAAGGUGACGAGGAAAUUUACAGUGACCAUCACCUCUUUGACUGUGGAGGACUCUGGGUCGUACCUCUGUGGCGUCCAAAGGAACUCCACCCUGGAUGUUUUCACUGCUGCUGAUCUAGAAGUUAAAGAGUGGUGCUGUGUAAAGUCAAGUGAACUGAGCGGCAUUGUGGGACGUCCAGUAACUAUACAGUGUCCUUACCCACUUCAACACAGGGAUAACAGGAAGUUCCUCUGCAAGGGAGACGACCGAAAAACUUGUAGAGACAUGAUGAGUCAAAGCAGGUUCUCGCUGCAGGAUGAUGUUUCUUCAAGCAGUUUCUCAGUGAUGAUUGCAGAGCUGAAAGCAGAGGACGCUGGGAUGUAUUGGUGUGGUUCAGACCCACAGUGGAGAGUGGGAAACUACACCAAGGUUCAACUAUCAGUGGACUUUUCCACCACCACUGAGGUGAAUCCUGCUGGAUCUGAAACGACAUCUGUCCCUGACAGACUUGUCAAAGAUGUAGCAAAGGUCCUGUCCUUGGGUGUCAUCGUGUCCAUUGUGGUUGUCCUAGCUCUGGUCAUACUGACAUUUUCUGUGAUCAUGAUUCAUAAAUAUAAGUGUUGCAGAGCACCAGGAGCAGAAGUCAGUGUGAAGAGGAACCAACGCAAAGCAGCAGGAGCUCAGGAAGUGAUCUGUGAAGCAGAUAUGUAUGAAAAUCUAGGUGCUGCUGCAGCCUCCAAACAAAUGACACUUAACCUGGACAAUGAUGAUUCUUUGUACCAAAACUUCUCCACAGAGGAAAUCUACUGUAACCAAAUGUACAUAAAAUCCAAGAGAUGAUGAGUAUGCAAAGCUGUGUACAAACCUUGUACAUUUACAAGCAAAUUAUCCGGUUUGAGAUGUCUGCACCAGCAGGCUGAUAAAGAUCAGUUUAGCUCAAACUUAGCCUUCUCUGUCUACACCCUACAGUCAUAUACCAUCUGUUAUGACUGUGGUCAUGAUGUGUUUUGUAUUCAUAUUGUCCAUUCCAAACUGGCAGUGGUGGUUGUGUUUGUUUUCUUUAUUUUCUUAGUAUCUGCUGAAGUAGGUGUGUCACCAUCUGCUGCCGAUUGUUGGUCAAGCUUCUGCUCUGACUGCAACAGACGUCUUCUCCCAUUUAAGGAGCAGGAUGAUGUCACUGCAGUGCACAGGGGAUCCUAAACUCUUUCCUCUCCCAUUUGGAAAUGUCACACUUGUCUUUGUCUGAGAGUUUUGGUCCUUGGUUUCAUUGGGUAAACUUUGCAGUUUAUCUAACUUCAUUUUCUCCUGUUUCUGUUGAUUGGAGAGAGAAGUUAGUUAUUCUUUGAGCACUUUGAUUAUUUUGGGUAUCGCCAUAAAGUAGUUUGUAAUUAUUUUCAUGUUCAUGUAAUCUUUUUUUUGUAAAUAAAUAAUCCUCUUGUUAAAA